AUGGUCCGUCUGAGGGAGAUCCCAAGGACGGCCACCUUCGCCUGGUCUCCUGGGGCUGCAUCGCCAUUGAUCGCCACUGGAACUCGCGCAGGUGCCGUCGAUGUCGAUUUUUCCAACAAAACAUGUCUUGAGCUCUGGGAUCUAGGUCUGGAUCGCCAGGAUGCGAGCGAAGAGCUGCAGCCUAUAGCUAAGCUCGACACCGACUCGGGCUUCAACGACUUGGCUUGGACAGAGUUUGACGAUACAAAACGUGGUGUUAUUGCUGGUGGAUUGGAGAAUGGUUCUUUGGACCUGUGGAACGCCGAUAAGCUGCUUGCCAACUCCAGUGAAUCGCUGAUCUCGAGAACAUCGAAACACUCCGGCGCUAUUAAGGCCCUCCAAUUCAACCCUAAACACUCCAACCUCCUGGCCACUGGUGGUGCGAAGGGCGAGCUCUUCAUCUCCGAUCUGAACAAUAUCGAAAACCCGUUCCGAUUGGGUACCAACGCGGCUCGCACAGACGAUAUUGAAUGCUUGGACUGGAACAAGAAGGUCGCUCAUAUUUUGGUAACGGGUAGCAGCGCCGGUUUCGUGACUGUCUGGGAUGUCAAGACGAAGAAGGAGAGCUUGACCCUCAACAACAUGGGCCGUAAGGCUGUCAGCGCUGUUGCAUGGGACCCUGAGAAGCCCACCAAGCUGAUCACUGCGACUCCUCUUGAGUCGGACCCCAUGAUCUACGUUUGGGACCUGCGAAACUCGCACGCUCCGGAGAGGACUCUCAAGGGCCACGAAUCCGGAGUGUUGUCACUUGCUUGGUGCGAGCACGACCCCGAUCUCCUGCUGUCUUCCGGCAAAGACAACCGCAACAUUUGUUGGAACCCGCAGACCGGUACUCCUUACGGCGAGUUCCCCGUUGUCACAAACUGGACCUUCCAGACUCGCUGGAACCCUCACAACCCCAACUUCUUCGCCACCGCUUCGUUCGAUGGAAAGAUUUCGGUGCAGACUCUCCAGAACACCAAGACCGAUGACGCGCAGGCGAUUGCCGACCAAAACCAGAACCUUGAUGGCGAGGACUUCUUCGCCAAGGCUCAGACACAGCCCCAAGUCUCUAAGUUCUCCCUCCCGAAGCCUCCUCGCUGGCUCGAGCGGCCCUGUGCCGCCUCCUUUGGAUUUGGUGGCCGCGUCGUCUCUCUCGGUGUCUCCGAGAAGGAUUCCCGCGUAUCGAAGGUCAGGAUAACUCCUUUCGAAGUUGAUGAGAGCGUCGGCAAUGCUACUGAGAGCUUUGAGAACGCUUUGAAGGAGGGUGACCUUCGCAGUCUCUGCGAGACUCGCGCGGCUGGCGCUUCCAGCGAGGAAGAGAAGUCUGAGUGGAAGGUUAUGCAGGCUUUGCUCUCUGAUAACCCCCGCAAGGGCCUGGUGGAGUAUCUUGGCUUCCAAGACUCGGCUGAUGAGGCCGCCGAUACCUUGUCUAAGCUUGGUCUUGAUAAGAAGGAUGACGAUGAGACCCCCGAACCGACAGAGAAGCCCAAGUCGAAUGCCAAGAAGCACAAGCGUUUGCAAUCCAUGUUUGAUGCAACCCCCGACAGUGACGAUUUCCUUUCAGAACUUGCUGCUUCGAAGGGUGCGCAGACCAACAACCCCUUCCAGAUCUUCAAUGGUUCCGAAAGCGAGGCUGAGCAGAAGAUUACCCGGGCAUUGCUUCUCGGAGAGUUCGACAAAGCUCUCGAUGUCGCUCUCCAGGAGGACCGCAUGUCUGAUGCCUUCAUGAUUGCCAUCUGUGGUGGUCAGAAGUGCAUUGAGAAGGCCCAGGAGUAUUAUUUCACCAAGCAGUCCGGUGGUCCCAAUUAUAUGCGACUCCUCGCUUCCAUUGUGGGCAAGAACCUAUGGGAUGUUGUGCACAACGCUGAUCUUUCCAGCUGGAAGGAGGUCAUGGCUGCUCUGUGCACUUUCGCCGACGAGAAGGAAUUCCCCGAUCUGUGUGAUGCUCUCGGUGACCGUCUUGAGGAGCAGGUUCGCAACACUGAUGACAAGACUGCUCGCAAGGAUGCAUCAUUCUGCUUCUUGGCUGGCUCCAAGCUCGAAAAGGUCGUGGCUAUCUGGGUUGAGGAACUGCGCGAGAACGAGCAGCGAGGAAUCGAGACCGAUGCGGAUAACUCGACCUUCUCUAUCCACGUUCGUGCUUUGCAGGGCCUGAUCGAGAAGGUUACCAUUUUCCGCCAAGUCACCAAGUUCCAGGAUACGGAACGCACCAAGGACUCCGACUGGCGCCUCGGUACCUUGUACGAUAAGUAUAUUGAGUACGCUGACGUUGUGGCCACCCACGGCCGUCUUCAAAUUGCUCAGAAGUAUCUUGAUCUCGUGCCCGAGAAGCACCCCGAGGCCGAGGUUGCUCGUAAUCGCAUCAAGCUCGCUAUGAGACAGGCCCCCCAGAAGGCACAGGCCACUGCCACCGCGAGACCUGGCAACUUCAAGCCUCUGCCCACUCAGCCCAACUUUUACCAGCCUACGCAAACUUUCAGCCCUGCGGCUCCUGCGAUUCCUGCACCUUACGCACCUAUCACCCCUGCUGCUGCUCCGCAGCCGCCGGUGAAUGCUUAUGCUCCCUUGAAUGCCGCGCCGGCUCAGCCCGCUAAUCCUUACGCCUCGAUUCCCUCUGGUGGAGCUGGCUACCAGCCCAACACCGGAUACCAGCCGACUCAGGGCAUGAGAGCGCCGGCGUACGCUCCCUCGACUCCAUUCGGGGGACCGACCGCACCAGCUGGUGUUCCCCCUCCCCCUCGUGCCGGAACUCAGUCACCCGCUCGCCAGGUAACGACCUACACCACGGCCACUGGUCUCCCUGCAUGGAACGAUCUCCCCGAGGGCUUUGCCAAGGCUCCCAUGUCUCGUCGCAGCACUCCUGGUGCAGCCGCGGCCAUCAGCUCUCCGUUUGCCAACCAGCAAUCACCUCCUAUGGCCCAAGGCCCUCUCCCGCCCACAGGGCCGCCUCAACGAGCACCUUCUGUUCCUCCUCCUCCCAAGGCUGGGUCACUACCCCCGCGCGUGACAUCUCCCUUAGCAUCGAGCAUGGCACCUGGACCUUCGCCGCCGCCGCCUGUCAACCCCUAUGCCUCUCUCCCCCAGUCCCCGUCAAUGGGUUCGGGUAUGGCUCCUCCUCAGGCCUCAAUCCCCAGGGGUCCUUCGCCAUACAAUGCCCCGCCUAGCAUGCCCCCGCCUACCAACCGGUACGCGCCAAGCCCGGCUGCUCAGGCUGCAAGCCCGCAAAUGCAAACUCGCGCCCCUGUAGCACCUCCUCCUCAAGGGGCUCCGUCGAUGUAUGCCCCUCAACAAGCAGCCCAGCCUCCAGCCGCCAACCCAUAUGCGCCUAGCCCGGGUGCUGCCAUGCAACCUCCUCCCAUGGGCAUGCAGCCCCCUCCUAUGGCUGCGCAGGUCCCGCCUCCGCCCCAAGGAGCUCCCCUACAGGGAUCUCGCCCUCCCACGGCGACCUCUCAACGGGCACCUCCCCCCUCGACCCCCAAGUACCCCCCUGGUGACCGCUCUCAUAUCCCGGCGAACGCCAUGCCGGUCUUCGAGAUCCUCUCAGCCGACAUGGAGCGCGUCAAGGCUCGGGCCCCGACCUCCUUCAAGGCCCAGGUUGAUGAUGCCGAGCGUCGCUUGAGUCUCCUCUUUGACCACUUGAACAACGAGGACCUGCUCAAGCCCAACACCAUCGAGGACAUGGCCAACUUAUCCCGCGCCAUUCAGAACCGCGACUAUGAGACGGCCCGCAGUAUCCACGUUGACAUCAUGACCAAUCGAACCGACGAGUGCGGUAACUGGAUGGUUGGUGUCAAGCGUCUGAUUAGCAUGAGCAAAGCUACCCCGUGA